GUGCAGCCAAGAAACUUAUGAAUGUUCUCAAGAAAACUCUUGCAAGAUAUGUGGAAAAAUAACAUUUGGCUUCCCAAGAUCUGAUUCUGAUCCCUAAGAUAAUGGUACGGCAGGGCACCUGGCUGACCUGGUUGCCUAUUCAGUGUUCCCUGGCCCAUGUUCACACUGGAUGAGGCCAUAUGUAACCUGGACAUCCCAUUGAGGUGCCUUCCCAGGCACAACUGCUUUUUGGUACCGGGGAUCGAACUCAGGAACUUGUGCUUUUGAGGCAGGCAGCAGAACCACUGAGCUAAAUCCCUGGCCCCACAACUGCUUUCUAUAUGGGCCAGGUGAAAGGUUGUUCCUUCUCUGGGGAGAGGUGGCAAAAGCAGGGGCCACCUGUUGGCAAGACUGGCUCAUAAGGCCCACGCAGAACUGGCCAAGGAACGGUACAUCUUGGUAAGGGAGACUAUAGGUGGCUGGCUACCAGGACUAGAGGCCCUUCCCCUGCUAGACCUGUGCUUUCAGAUAUACUCCAGGAUGCUGGUUAAGAGCUUCAGCAGAGAAAGAAUACGUUCCUUUGUUUCCUGUAGCCUAAGUUCCAUACUCCUGGUGAUGUAGUCACAACCCACAGGGGAGCCCAGCAGGAGAUGAUGAAAAGAGAAGAUGAGUCAAGAUGGGCCAGAUAGAGCUGCUGGUAGAUCUUACUUCCCCAGAUCUGCCUUUCCUAUCCUCUCAUAGCUAUCUCUUUAAAUCCUACAUUGAGCUGGGUGUCAUGGUGCAUGCCUAUAAUCCAGUGCUCGGGAGGCUGAAGCAUGAGUUCGAAGCCAGCCUGGGCUUCAUAGUGAGUUCAAGGCCACCGCGGACUACAUAGUGAGACCCUGUUUCCAAAAAAAAAAAAAAUAUCGCACUGAAAGCCGGGUGUUGUGGGCCAUGCUUGUAAUCUCCACACUUAGGAGACUGAGGAGGAUCGCCGGGAGUUCAAGACCAGCCUAACUACACAGCUAGAACCUGUUUCAACUGCCCCCACAAAAAAAAAAAUCCCACACUGUGAAUCUUCUACGAAGCUCAUGAAAGAAAAUAUGAGCUGGGUGACAUGGUGCACACCUGUAAGCCCAGCCCGGAGACUGGAAGAUCAAAAGUUCAAACCCAGUCUGGGUACCUUAGGGAUUUAAGAACACCCUGUACCACACAAACAAACAAACCAUCUGUACUACACACAUACUUUUUUUCUUAUUGUUAUUGCCGAAACAACACGGUUUAACAUUUAUGUGUAUUAGUAAUUUUAAGUACUCUAGGAGUGAUUUAAAGUAUAUUGGAGGAUAAAUAAAUAAAAAUAUAUUGGAGGAUAUAUGUAGUUUACAUGAAAAUAUACCAUUUUAUGUAAGAGUCUUGAGAAUCCUCAAAUUUUGAUAUAAUGGGAGGGGGAGGUCCUCCUGGACCCUUUCCUCCAUAGAGUGUUUUACUUUCUCUUUCUUUUUCUUUUAUUUCCACCACCACUACCACCAUGGACCUGGGAAUUGAACCUAGCACUUAAUUAUAUCCCUACCCCCACUCCUCUUCUUUUGAGACAGAGCUUGUUAAAUCAUUAAAUUGCCCAGGCUGGGCUCAAAUUUGGUGAUCAUCCUGCCUCAGUUUCCUAGAGUGCUGAGAUUAUAGGUGUGUCACUAUGCCUGACCUGCUUUACUUUCUUUAUCUCACUUAACCUUCACUACAAUCUUAAGAGAUCUGCUCUAUUCUUAUCCUGAUUUUGCAGAUGAUAAAAUGGAGACUGGCAGAAGUUAAGUGAUUUGCCCAAAGUCACACAGCUCAUGCAUGACAAGGCCGGGAUUCAGAUUCAUGCAGCCUGGCUCACACUAAGCCAGCUGCUGCUGCAGAAGCUGUGGGACAUGUCACUACCUACUCUGAGCUUAUUACAUCCUGUAGCUGUAACAUUUCUUCCCCCAUUCCCUCCAGGUGUUUUGGAGUGAAGCAAAAUAAGGCGUUAGGUAGUGAUUGUGUAAACAGUUUCUUGUAUGUUUUGGACAGUCUCUCAGAACACAUUUCUCGGUCAAAGGCUGUAGGCAAUAACCUUAGGAGACAUCCACAUGAUUGCCACCAGGUGAAGACAUCUACUUUGCCAACAGCAAGGGUAUAACAAAGAAGGGACACAAUAUGCCAUCCUAAUCCCCAGGCCACAGUGAACCUAAAGUCUCCAAGUCAAAUCAGCAUACAAGGAUUUUCUAGAAAAUGGCCUGAGAACAUGUCCAUAAUUCAGAUUCUUUGAUUCUCUUUCCCUGUAUCCCCCAUGCUCCUGCGGCUCCAAAUUUCAGGCAGAAUCUUUGUUUGACUAAUUCCUUCACAUGGCUGACUCCUCCUCAUCUUUUACUUAGAGGAUUAGUAAAGAGAAACUUCCUUCCCAUUACAUGGCCCUGGGCUCACUAGGUGCCCCUCCAGAUCUCACAGUUGCUUCUAGGUCGGCUCCCCAAGUUCGACUGGAAACCCAUGAGCUCGACCACCACACUGUUGUCCUAUCCUGGGCACGGGGCCUCCUGCUCCACAGUGAUCCUGGCUGAGAGAGCCAGAGCAAGAGAAAGACUGCAGAAAGGACUGGACAAGUCAGAGGGGAGCAGGAUGGCCCAAGGCCCUUAAAUUCACAGAAAGGAAACCUGGAGGCUGAGGGGUCAAGUGAUCCAGUGUUUGACUCUGAUCUUGGCACCUACUGUAUGCUCAGAACUUGACUCACACCUGCCUAGCUUUAAGCCAUUGCCCACACACGAGCAAAGUGGGUAAGGGUUACAUCUAUUGUGACCUGUUGUCAAAGGCAAAAAACAAGACUGGGUUGGUCAGAAGCUGGUCAUAAUUCCUCCUGCCCCCUCCUGCUGCUAGGAAUGAAGGGAAGAUAAAAGUGGCAGUCACAGCUACCAUCAGCAUGUUGACAUCACUUUGGCCCGGGGCAGGAGCUGACUGCAGCAUGAGGUGGAUUCGGAGUUGGAGGCUUGCCCUCUGCUUGGUGGUACACACAGCCUUAGGUGCUGUGCAUGGCCAGGAGCCUCUGGUAGUCACCAAAUAUGGGACCCUCCAGGGAAAGGAUGUGCACGUGGGGAAGACACUCCUCCAUGUCUUCCUGGGAAUCACUUUCUCCAAACCUCCUGUGGGUGCCCUCAGAUUUGCUCCACCUAAGUCCCCAGAGCCCUGGAAAGGAGUCAGACAUGCCACCACCUACCCUCCUGCGUGUCUUCAGGAAACCUGGGGGCAGGCGACCUCCAUGUACUUCAACACGCGGAAAUGGUACAAGUGGCUGCGCUUCAGCGAGGACUGCCUGUACUUGAACGUGUACGCGCCAGUGCGCGCGCGUGGGGAUCCUCCGCUGCCAGUGGUGGUCUGUUUCCCGGGAGGCGCCUUCCUCGUCGGCUCCGCUUCCACCUACGAACGCUGUGAGUUCGCCGCGUGCGAAAAAGUGGUGCUCGUGUUUCUGCAGUACCGGCUCGGCGUCCCGGGAUUCCUGAGCACUGGUGACAGCCAGGCCCGCGGGAAUUGGGCGCUGCAGGACCAAAUGGCGGCUCUGAGCUGGGUGCAGGAAAACAUCGAGGCCUUUGGUGGAGACCCGGAGAGCGUGACCCUGUUUGGCCAGUCCGCGGGCGCCAUGUGCUUCUCAGGACUGAUGAUGUCACCCCUAGCUCAGGGUCUCUUCCAUCAGGCCAUUUCCCAGAGUGGCACUGCAGUACUUAAAACCUUCAUCACUCAGGACCCGCUGAAGGUGGCCAAGAAAGUUGCUUCCCUGGCUGGCUGCAGCCACAACAACACAGGAAUCAUGGUAAACUGUUUGAGGGCUCUAUCAGGGGCUCAGGUGAUGCGUGUGUCCAAGAAAAUGAAAUUCUUCCAUGCCAACAUGCAGAAAGAACCUCAAGAGAUUAUAUGGUUCCUGAGCCCUGUGGUGGAUGGUGUGGUGUUCCUGGAUGACCCCGUGGUGCUCCUGAUGCAGGGGCAGGUUUCACCUGUGCCCUACCUUCUAGGUGUCAACAACCAGGAGUUCCAUUGGCUCUUGCCCUAUAUCUUGAAGAUCCCACUUGACCCACGCUUAAUGAAAAAACAAAACCUCACCAAGCUUCUCUGGAGCACCAGCACCCUGUUGAAUAUCACCAAGAAGCAGAUACCACUCCUGGUCGAGUACCUGAGAGACAUCCAUAAGUAUGACUGGAAGAUGGUCCAGAACCAUUUGAUUGACCUAGCUGGAGAUGGCACCUUUGUGUAUGCCACAUUGCAAGCUGCCCGCUACCACCGGGAAACCCCAAUGAUGGGAAGCUGCCCUACUGACCACGAUUCGACAAGGAUGAAAACUACUUGCAGCUGGAUUUUAUCAUAAGAGUGGGUGUGAAGCUCAAGGAGAAGAAGAUGGCCUUCUGGAUAAGGCUACACCAGCUUCAGACACCCAAAAAGCAGAAAUAAUUCUGAUUUGGAGAAUAGGUGAUACAGGAGGGCUUGUCCACCACCCAGGCCUGGGGAAGCUAGCCAUGGAUACAUCUGGGGUGAAGAGUCCCCACCCCCCCCCAAUCUAGGACCCAGAGAAGCUCCUGAGAGUCUCCAGGCCAAAGCUAGAGACUUAGCCUAUGUAUGGUUUGGGGCCCUGCACCACCUUCUCCAGCCUCAUAUCCUGCAACACCCACAAAUCUCAUGGUCCACAUCAGGUUAGGCCAAGCUCAUUCAUUGUUACACUGUACCAAACACCCCUGGUCUCAGGACAACUCUUUUCCAAGUCUUCCCACCCUUUAAGAUUUACUUGCAGCCCUUUCUUAUGGGAAGUCCACAGAGACUGCCACUCCCUGCCCAUUGUUCCCAGCUUGUCAUUUAUCAUCAUCCAUCCUGCUCAACCUUGUUCCUGUUCACGUUAGCCUUGAGGUCCUAGGCGGGUUAUGUGUGACACAGCAAAGCUCUGAUAGCUUGCAGUCUCCUCCUCCAGUGCCCGUCAAAGCCUACACACAUAGUGGUAUACAUAGUUUUCAAUAAAGAUGUGUUGCUUUGAGGCAUGGUGUCCCCAUUUGUAAAAUGGGUGGGUAGAGGAUGGUGUCUCAAUUUGCACCCUGGGAGGAACUGAGCAGUUCUACGUGACCUUUACUGGGCUGUGCUUGUGAGGCCACACUCAGUCAAGGGAAGCUGGCCACAGCAAUAUUCCCUGGGCCGCCAAACACUUGACCUCUUUCUUCAGUUCUUCUCAAACAUAUCCCCCAGUACAUCAAGACAGCCACAUCUCAUGCUCACUGUCCAUGCAUUUAGGCCUCAGUACUGUACUCCUCACUCUCUGGCCUCUCCUGCAUCCAACCUGGGAACAUGCAAGUUUGGCCCACAGUAUGUAUGUGUUUUUCUGAGAUAGGGACCUUGCUAUAUUGCCCAGGCUGCCCUCGAAUUUCUGGGCUCAAGAAAGCUUCCUGUUUCAACCUUCUGAGUAGCUGGGACUAUGGGUGCACACCACCAUGCCCAGAUUUUUGUGAAUUUUUCUUGGUGGAAAAAUCUACAUAACAUAAAUCAGGCAUGCUGGUACAUACCUGUAAUCCCAGCAUUCUGGGCAGGAUUGCAAAUUUGAGUCCCAUCUGGGACUUAGCAAGUCUCUGUCUCAAAAAAUAAAAAGGGCUGGAGAUGUAGCUAGUGAAAAAACUCUGGGAUCAAUCCACAGUAACACCAAAAGAAAAAAAAAAAAAAUCAACAUUUAUUUAUUUAUUUAAUGAUACUGAGGAUCAAACCCAGAAUUUUGGGCAUGCUAGGCAAGAGCUCUAUCACUGAGCUACAUUCCCCAGUCAGUGGUGGCGAGCCUAUGGCACAUGUGCUACAGCCGGCUAUUUGUUAUUGAAAACUCUAAAGGGUUCACUUCACCAUCACUGCCUUAGUCCCAUUUUAAUCAUUUUUUAAAUGUUCAGUUCAGUGGCAUUACAUAUAUCCACACUGUUGUGCAGCCAUCACCACUGUCCAUCUCCAUAACUUUUUCCUCAUCCCCAAACUAAAACUAUCCCUCUUCACACUAAAGUAGAAUAGUAACAAUAUUCUAUUUUCUAUCACUAUGAAUUUGACUCUUCUAGGUAUGGUGCAUUGAGCUGGGCAUGGUGGUGAACAUCAUUAAUCCCUGCACUUUGGGAGGCUAAAGAAGGAGGUCUGCAAAUUCAAACAGAGCAUAGGCAACUUAGUGAUACCCUGUCUCAAAUAUUAAAAGGGGCUGGGGUACCUUGGUUAAUUUCUUUGCCAUUGAGACACAAUACCCAACACCCAUAACUUAAAGGAGAGGGUUAUUUUGGCUCACAUUUCAAUUCCUGGUUGGCUGAUUCCAAAGAAGAAACAGCAUGGCUAAGGAAAAGAUGGUCAUUUCAUGCUGGACAAGAAGCAGAGAGUCAAGGGAGGAGCCAGGCCAUGCCUACAGUGACCUACCUCCACUUCCUAUCAGCAAGUCACCGUGCCAGAGAUUUAGCUCAGUGGCUCCGGCGCCUGCCUUGCAAGCACAAGAACCCAAGUUCGAUCCCGGUACCAAAAAAAAAGAAAGAAAGAAAGAAAGAAAGCUAUAGGCUUCCAUAAUCCAAUCACCUUCCAAACAUAUGAGGCUUUGAUGGACAUUUUAGAUCUAAAAAUAUAAAAGGAUGUAAAAAGUGGAAUCAUAUAACACUUGCCCUUUUGUGUCUGGCUUAUUUCAAUUUAGCAUGAUUUCUUCAAGGUUCACCCAUGUUGUUGCAUGUAACAAACUCAUUUCUUCUUUAAGGCUGAAGAACAUUUCAUUGUAUGUAUAUAACAUUUUAAAAAUCUACUUAUUAACUGAUGGACAUUGUGGUUGUUUCUCCCUCUUUGUUAUUGUGAACAAUGUGGCUAGCAAAACUGGUAUAAUAUCCUACCAAUUUUAUAUCCUGAACUAUGAUUUUUUUUUUUGAGACAGGGUCUCACUUUGUAGUGCAGGCUGGACUUGAACUCACUACAUAGCCCAGACUGGUCCUCAAACUCAUGGCAAUCUGCCUGCCUUAAUCUCCCGAGUGUUGGGAUUACAAAUGUGUGCCACCACACCCACCAAUUAAGCCCUUACUUCUAGGGGUUCCAGAGCCUCUGGAGCAACCAGAAGCUUCAGAGACCUGUGGGAAGAGGAUACCCAAACCUUCAUACUCUAGCACUAAGCCCUAAAAGCGAAAGGAUGGCUGAAGGAAGGGGGAAGCCCCUUAAAAGCAAACAUUUAUCCUCACAACAACCCUAUCAUGUGGAUAGUAUCCCCAUUUUACAGAUGAGGAAAUUAAGAUACAGCAAUAUAAAGACCUUUUGCCCAAAGUCAUAGCUAGUGGUGGUAGAGCAGGAGUUUGAUGCAAUCUGUCUGACUUACCCUUCCUUCCACCUCAUUUCAGACCUAGAGCAACCACUGAGGGAGGUCUACAACCAGAGGAAGUGUGGCAGCUCCAUUCUCAGGUGACACUCAGCAAAAGCAAUUUAGUAAGAAUGUCCUUGCCUGCUUCUAAACAGGAGACAAUCAAUUGCCCACUCAUAAGUAGCAGCUUGUGUGAGGGCUGGAGUGUCAGCCCCCUGGAAGGUGGUCCUGGGGCAGCCUGUGUAGAACUCACAGUAUCAUUAAAUAAAUAAACUGUAA